UAUCUCCUUGCAGGGAUGGAAGUGGGAGAUAGGCGGACACAUAGAUCUGUGCAGUUUCCCCCAAGUGCCUGUGAUGGAGGCCGAAGCGGUGAACGGAGGUCCCAGGGUUUUUUUGUUUUCUCCUUCUUUUCCACCGUCGCUCCCAGGUUUAGGAGAGCCUGAGCUGACCUUUAUCUUAUCACCGAGUUGGUCCUUGAACUGGUAUCUUCUCUUGUUUUCCCGUUAUGUGUAGAUCGACCCCAAGCCGCACACACAUUAGACGAGGGCCCCCAAAUCGGUUUCCUUUCGUUUAAUGAAUCCAAUCAUAACGUCUUGCCCACAGACUAAUAUACCUUGUUUCUUUAAGUGAAGUGAAAUGGCCCUUAUUAGGGAUUAGGGCAGUUGUAGUGCCGGCCACUCACGUUUUACAUAAAUACAGUCCCUGAAAGAAAGGCCACGUUUCCCAUGUGCUGUCUGGCUCAUCCGCACCUCUUCUAACUGAUUGAAGAUGUAACAGGUGCUAAGGUACCCAGUAAGAUUCCCUUUUCCCACCUACACGUUUGUUAAGUUGGAGAGGAGGAAGAAAAUGUUAUCUAUCCAUAUGGAAUAUUUAGCAGUUUUAAGUGGGUUGCUGUAGAUGGAUUGUGUGUGUGUGUGUGUGUGUGUGUGUGUGUGUGUGUGGAGGUUUGUGUGUUCAGGGUGCCGGAAUGUUUUAGAUUGAAAAAAUGAGUGUUUUAAGGAUUUGUCUUUACAGUAAUACAUACAAAAUAUAUCUUGAUCCAGGUGCUUUAUCAAGAUUGGUUGAUUUACAGUAAACAACUUAAAAUAUGGAAAAUCCACUCAUUUAAUGAGUUUAUCCAGUGCCUGCUAUGUACUCUGGGAGGCUUUGGUAGAGCUUUUAAAUUCCGAAGUUGACAAGACAAUAAUAAAGGAGUAUUAAAUAAGAUAACUUCAGAUAAAAAUAGGAGUGGCGGUUGUAAUAAUACAGGAUCAUAUAAAAGGGUGAUUAGAAGACUUCUCACAGGAGUUAGCGUUUGAACAACACUUAGGAGAAAACCAUCUGUGUCAGAGUCUGGAGAAAGACUUUUCCUUGCAGAAGGAACAGCAGGUGCAAAGGCCCUUUAGCAGAUAUGAUCACAGUGUGUUCCAGGAAGACAAAGAAGGCAAUGUGACUGCAAGGAACCUUGUGAUGGGGGUGGGAGAGAAUGGAAGGACAUGAAAUUGGAGAAGUUGUUAGGGCAAAUUAUGUAGGAUUUUCUAGGCCAUGGUCAAGAGCUAGGAUUUCAUUUAUAAUGAGAAGACCUUAGAUACUUUAAAGCAGGCAGGGACUGGUUUGAACUUUUUUUUUUUUUUUAAUAUGUUUAUUUAUUUUUGAGAGAGAGAGAGAGACAGAGCAUGAGCAAGGGAGGGAGGGUAGAGAGGGAAACACAGAAUCUGAAGCAGGCUCCAGGCUCAGAACUGUCAGCACAAAGUCUGACGGGAUCCUGACCUGAGCCACGAGAUCAUGACCUGAGCUGAAGUCAGAUGCUUAACCAACUGAGCAACCCAUGUGCCCCUCAUUUGAUCUUGUUUUUUUUUUUUUAAUUUUAAUUUUAUUUUAAUUUAUUUUAUUCUUGAGAGAGAGGGAGAUACAGAAUCCGAAGCAGGCUCCAGGCUCUGAGCUGUCAGCACAGAGCCCGACGUGGGGCUUGAACUCACAAACUGUGAGAUCAUGAUCUGAGCCGAAAUCGAACGCUUAACGGACUGAGCACCCAGGCCUGUUCUUGUUUUAAUGCUGCCUGCUUUGUGGAGAUUAAGGGGGCAGGCAUUAAUGUGAGGAGACUGUUCUGAGGGCAUUGUAGGCAGAAAUGUGAGUAGUUUGUAUUAGAGUGGUAGUGGAAACAACAAAAUAUGUUUUGUAAGUGGAUCUGAUAGAACUUGCUGAUAUUGAUUGGAUGUGGGAGAUGAGGGAAAGGGAAAUCAAGGAUGAUGACCAAGAAGUUAGCAACUGGAUGGGUGAUGAUAGAGAAGGCUGGGAGAACACAUUGAGGGGAGGAGGAAAGAUAGUUGGUUUUGAUCAGUAAAUAUAAAGUGUUUGUUAUACAUCUGAGUUAGAUGUCAAGUAAGUUGUUGGGUUAUGAGUCUAGAACUCAGGUGAAGACUAGAGAAAUUUGGAGUCAUGCAGAUAGUAUUUGAAACUAUGGAGUUGUGGGAGAUUUCCUAAUUAAGAAUGUGUUGAUAGGGAAGAAAGGAGGGCCAAGGUCUGAGGUAGAAGGUUGAGAUUUAUGUUACUAAAGAAAUAAAGGGGGUGAGUUGUCAACUUGAUGGGAUGUUACAUAAUGGCCGAAAAGGAUGAAGGCAGAUAAGUGGCCCUUAAGUUUGGAACGGUAGAAGUCAUUGGUAGCCUUAGCAAAACAGCUUCAUUGAAGUGGGGUGCUCUAGAUCCCUUAUUUCAGCAAAUGGAGAGAAAAUACGCAACAGUGUAGUGUAGUAGUUGAGAGGACAAACUCUGGAACCAGAAUGGCUGGCUUUGAAUAUCGUCUCUGCCACUUUGCCAGCUGCUUAAAAUUGGGUAAAUUACUUAACUCAGUGCCUCCUGUUUCCUCAUCUGUAUGGGGGAAAUAAUGAAUAUGUAUUAAUCUUUGAACACUGCCUGGCUUGUAAUUAGUGUUCAAUAAGUACUAGGUGAACAGAAAACUUAAAAUGUUUUAAGUUGAAAUAGCAUUCCUUUUUAAAAAAACUUUUUUGAAUAUAGUUUACACAUAAUGUUACAUUAGCUUUAGGUAUACAAUAUGGUGAUCCAGUAUCUUUAUAUUUUAUGCCAUAAUCUAAAAGAAGGUUAUUUAUAGUUACUUCAUGUGUAUGCUUGUGUUUUUAUUCAGUUUCAGGUAUCAUAUAGCUUACUCAGAUGACUGUAGCACUGCAGUCAUUACUGGUAGAAUAAAUAAGGCACUGCUAGCUAGAGUACAGCCUAAACCCUGGUAGGAAUUGGAAUUGGUCCUUUCAUAAUGUACAUUGCUGUGGUAAAAUUGAGCCCUUAUCCAAGUUCUUGUCCCUUUAAUUGCAUUUCAGAUGAAUUCUUGGUAACUUUGAAAGCUAAUUCCAAUUAUUUAAGAUUUGUGGUUUCUAACCUUGGUUUUGUGAAACUUUAAGGUGUAUUUGUUAUCUGAAAGGAUUUUUUUUUUUACUUUAAAACUAUAAUUGCCAAAUAGCACCUGUUUGAAGGAGAACAUUUGAAGGACCAAGGGUAAGAUGUAACUCAGAACUUGUAUGGAACUAUCUAGCUACUCAUGCUAAUAAAGCAUCUCAUGGUUUUGGACUUCUGCUGCAUUUUGAGUAUGUUAAUUCAGCAAACAUUGAGUACUUAAUCUACUUUGUACUGAGCGGUGUGUUAGAUAUUGGGGAUAGUGGGAAAUGAGCAGAGAGGACUAUCUUCGUAUUGUUUACCACUUAGCAGGGAAGACGUGUUGAACAAGUAAUUACAAGGCCAGUGAGUGUUACUAAGUCCAGAAUGCUGUCAAAAUAUAUGUCUGGGAGGUCAGGAAAGGCUUUGCUGAUAUGGUAACAUUUGAUCUUAGCCUGCAAGGAUGAAGAGCAGUUUGCUAGGCCAAAAAGAUGGGAAUGGAGAACUGUGAAAGCAUCCUAGAUUUUGAAAAACAGAUUGUAUGAAAGCCCAAAAAUGGAAGAAAAAAAGUGUCUUGGGGAAAUUGAAACAAGUUGGAAAAAAUAAAAAAAAGCAAAGGGAAGAAUAGCAGCGGAUAGCUCAGAGAGAGAAGCAGGAACAUUCAAGACUUUGUUGAGUCAUGUUAAGGAUUUUGGAUGUUAAUUGAAGGAUAGUGGGAAGCCAGUGAAGGGUUUUAGAAGCCAGAGAGCUUUCAGAUUGACAUAAAAACAAACACGAAAUACAGCCUGGUUGCACUGUUUUGGCAUGAAAUGAAAGUUGGCAGAUCUGCAUUUAAUGAUUGUAAGGUCUGUAGAUAUGUCAGGGUUUUGAGUUUUGUGGGUUUUUCACAUAAAUUAUUGAAAAUGUAGGUGUUAAAAUUGGCAUCUUAAAAUACUUAAGAUUGAUGCUAUAUUCUCAAACAUUUGCUUAGUCAUGCUUGCUAAUAAAAUGAAAUUAGAUGUUGGUCUUUAACAUUCAUUUCUUUUUGCUAAUUUGAAGUCCUGGAAAAAAUUUUAAGCUUUUUUUUUUUUUUUUUGAUGUUCGGUUUUUGUUUUUGUUUUCUAAACAGAAAAGAUUUUCUGCUGUAUUCUAAGACGUUUUUAUGAGUUUACACAUCACCAAGUGUGGUAAUUUAAUAAAAUCAUGGACUUUUUUUAGCUGGAGGGAAGCCUUAAAAUCAAGUAAAAAUAAAAAAAAAAACUCCUUAAUUUUUCAAAAAAUGGAGAGGCAGAUAGACUUAAUGAUGUACCCUUAUUUUGUGACCUUAAUAGUAAAGAACACAAUGCCGCGUUUUGCCCUCCUGCUGCUGUGUAGUGCUGUGGAGGUAAUGUGUAGUGGAAAGAAGCCAAGCUUUGAUCCACGUGGACUGGUGUUCACAUCUCAGUUCUGCCACUUAGUGAGUAAUCUAAGCAAAUGAACCUCCUCUUUCCUUACUGGUAUAAUAGUAGAAUUAUACUUCUGUAGUUGAAAGAAUUGAGACACAUUUUUAAGAGUUUACUCCUUCGACCUUCCUUAAAUACUGCUUGGUUAAACACAAAUAGGUUACAUUACUUGCUACUGUUACUAUUAUCACUACCACUGCUGCUGGCUACCCACCUGUAUUUGCAUACAUUGUUGAAAGGUUUUGUAUUACUUCCAAGUUCUAUGAGGUAAGCACUGUUACCUCCAUUUUGCAAGUGAUGCCACUGGGGCACUGAAGCAGGAAGUUAAGGUACUUGUCCAGAGUCACACAGCUAGCUAUAGCAUGUGACUAAACAGUAAUUUAAACUCAGACUUUUUUGAUUGUAGAGCCAUGUUCUUAAUUUACUACUACACAAUACCAUGUAUUCUUUCUUGUAACUGUAUGCACUUUUUACUGUUACAUUUUCAUAAUACUAGCUGCAAUUAUAAAGGAAUAAAGUUCUAAAGUGUCAUGGUUAUCAGUGCUUUACAGUGUAAGAAAGAAACCUCUUCGGGAACUUUUGUAGUCUUUCUCCCUUCACUCACACUUGUUAACUAUACCUUUCUCACCACGUUACAAUUAUUUUUGUUCCUGUUUUACAGGAAGAACUGAAAGGUGGUCUUUUUACUCCUGAACUUUAUUCCUGUUUCCCUCCUUUGAUCUUUCUCUUUUUACAGACCCUUUUGGGCUUAGAAACUCAUUUUCCUGGUCUUUAAGGAAGAAAAACUCAGCAACAGUAAUAGUGAAAACAAAAAAAUAAAAUCAUACUUCUAGUUACUUUCAUACUAGCUUUAGCUUUCUUUUCCUUUUACUAGUAAAUCUAGAAAUAGUAGUCUUUAUUUUUUCAUUCCUUUGCCCCAACUAUUUACUUCUUAAUCCCUUGUCAUGUAGUUUCUUUCUGUUUAUAUUCAAACCAAAUUGCAUAUUUCAGUGUUACCAAUUUAUGCUAAUUAAAUGUAGAGAUUUUUAUAUAAAUUUUAUAUUCUUUGUCCUAUAUGUAUAACAUUUAACAACGUUGAUGCUGCCUUUUUAACAUCACAUAUCUUGAAUCCCUAAUGCAUUGCUUCUCUUUCUUCGCAAAUCAGCCCUACCCUUUUUAGUUCUUUUUCUUGCCUUUUAAUUGUAUUUUUUCAAGUUCUGUUUCCAUGCCUUUUUUUCCUCAACUGUUUCUACUCCUGUCUUCUCUUGCACAUUCAUUUCCAUGGAUGGUUUCUAUUAUAAUCUGUGCCAGUGGUUCUUAAAAACCGUGUGUGUGUGUGUGUGUGUGUGUGUGUGUGUGUGUGUGUUGUAGAGUCUUUGAAAGUUUGAUUAAAGACUUCUUUCCUUAGGAUAUUGCAUAUGCUAUAUACACAUUUGCAUUGAAUUUCAGAGCUUUUCCAAGAGAACUUCUAGUUUCUGCAUUACUUUUUCACAUAUGUACCUUUAGACUUGAUCACUCUUCAAAGCCUUAACCUCUUAUACCAGUUGCUAGCUAAAUACUCACCUGGUUCUCCCAUGAACUUCAAAUUACAUUUCUGAGAAUAAAUGUUCUCUGAAUUCACUGAUUUUCAUUUCAUUUCCUCAGAUUUUCCAGGCUUGGAAUUUUAUUUUUUGGCUUUUCCUUACUUCAUUCCUUUUCUGCAUCAGUUAAUCAUUAGGUCUGUCACUUUCUUUCCUGUUUUUUUUUUCCAACGUUUUUUCAUUUUUUAGAAACAGAGCGAGACAGAGGGCACAUGGGAGAGGGGCAGAGAGAGAGGAAGACGCAGAAUCCAAAGCAGGCUCCAGGCUCUGAGUUGUCAGCACAGAGCCCACUGCAGGGCUCGAACUCACGAACCGUGAGAUCAUGACCUGAGCUGAAGGUGCCCCGUCUCUUUCUUUUAAUAAUUCUUAAUAAUGACAUUGCUCAGUAGGGGGCCUCGCACUCCUUACCUAAACUUUUGGGUUUUUUCUCCCCUCUAGUUCCAUCCUGGAUGCCCAGCCUUGUUUAUAUCUUCUUGUCCGAUCAAAAUCUUUAGCACUCCUAAAUAAGUUGCGUACAUUUAGACUUGGCUUUCAAACAUAUACAGUAAUCUGCUUACCUUUCCAGUUUGUAUCUUCCUAUUUUUUGUGUGUGUCUUAAUUUCAGCAAGGCUGAACUUUCAUUGUGAUUCUGUAUCAUCACAUUUGUAUCAUGUGUACAUUUGUGAUACAUUUGUGAUACAUUUGUAUCAUGUGUAUCAUGUAUAUGUGAUUCUGUAUCAUCACAUACUGUUUCUUUUCCCAACUUUUAGAAGGUAACAUUGAGCGUUUAUCUUAUGCUAAUCAUUGUGUAUUCAUUGAGUGUGAGCUAGAUUCUGUUAUCUCAGUUUUAAAUAUGAGGAGAUUGAGUCUUAGGAAGAUUAAGUAAUAUGCUUCAUUCAUAGCUAAUAAAUGAUGGAGACAAGAUUUGAAACAAGACAUUUUGAUAUCAGAGCCUUGUAGAUUAUGAUAUACUGCCUUUCUCUGUUUCACUUCUAUAUAAAUUGAAAUCAAAGGUCAAGGGUGAUUCUAGUUCUUCCAGAAAGUUAUUUAUAAGAUCCAUCCAUUUGGAAGACAUGACAUGAUUCUCCGCCUAGAACUAGUUUGUGUCGAUUGUGACAGUCAUCACUUGCACACUUGUUUAGUAAUCCUUACUUAUUUUAGCUUCAUUAUUAGAAUCUCAGGUUCUUGAAAGUAGACUCCAAGUCUUAAAUUUUAAAUGUCUUCCUGUUGUGUAUAGCACCCAGUACAAUACCUUGUGUGUGGUAUGUUUAAAUGCACUGGCUGAUAUUUGUAGUUUAUAUAACUAUAACCUAAGCAGAAACGAGUGUAAACUAUAAAAUCUGCCAUACGUUAGGGGCACCUCGGCUUUCUCAGUUGAUUAAUGUUCCCGCUUAGAGGUCGUGAUCUCACGGUUUGUCAAUUCAAGCCCUGAAUCAGGCUCUGUGCUGACAGUGCAGAGCCUCCUUGGGAUUAUCUCCCUCCCUCUCUCUGUGCCCCUCCCCUGCUUAUUCUCAUUCUCUCACUCUCUGUCUCAAAAUAAUAAAUAAAGAAACUUAAAAAAAAAGAAUCUACCGUACUUUAGAAUUUUAUUUCAGAGCAGCAGAUAUAUGAGGAGUUUGAAAAGUUAUUAAUUCCUGGGUCUCUUUCUCUUUAUUUUUACUUCAUAGCAUCUUCAGAUUAUGUAAAGCUUAAGUGAUUUUUUUUUUUAGGGGGAAAGGACAGUGAAGAGUAUUAAUGACAUUUACUCAAAGCAUUUUUAAAUACUGUUAUGUGCAAGCUGCUGGCCUCCAUGGAGCUGCCUGGAAAAGAAUUAAUAUAUGCUGUGAUGCAGAUCCAUCAGCCCUAGCAAAAUAUGUUCUCGCUUUGGUAAAGAAAGAUAAAAGUGAAAAAGAGUUAAAGGCAUUAUGUAUUGAUCAACUGGAUGUAUUUCUUCAAAAAGAGACACAGAUAUUUGUGGAAAAACUUUUUGAUGCUGUGAAUACAAAGAGUUAUCUACCUCCUCCAGAGCAGCCAUCAUCAGGAAGCUUAAAGGUAGAAUUUUUUCAGCACCAAGAAAAAGAUAUAAAAAAAGAAGAGAUCACAAAGGAGGAAGAGCGAGAGAAGAAGUUUUCCAGAAGGCUAAAUCAUAGUCCUCCCCAGUCAAGUUCCCGAUACAGAGAAAAUAGAAGUCGUGAUGAGAGGAAAAAAGAUGAUCGUUCUCGCAAAAGAGAUUAUGAUCGAAACCCUCCUCGAAGAGAUUCAUACAGAGAUCGGUACAAUAGAAGACGAGGCCGAAGUCGCAGUUACAGCAGGAGUCGUAGUCGAAGUUGGAGUAAAGAGAGACUUCGUGACAGGGAUAGGGAUAGAAGUAGGACUAGAAGCAGAAGCAGAACACGAAGCCGGGAAAGGGAUCUAGUAAAACCUAAAUACGACCUGGAUAGAACAGAUCCACUAGAAAACAAUUAUACUCCAGUCUCUUCGGUACCCAAUAUAUCAUCUGGUCACUACCCUGUACCUACUUUGAGCAGCACUAUUACAGUAAUUGCUCCUACUCAUCAUGGUAAUAACACUACCGAAAGUUGGUCUGAAUUUCAUGAAGACCAAGUGGACCAUAACUCAUAUGUAAGACCACCCAUGCCAAAGAAACGGUGUAGAGACUAUGAUGAAAAAGGUUUCUGUAUGAGAGGAGACAUGUGCCCUUUUGACCACGGAAGUGACCCUGUAGUUGUAGAAGAUGUGAAUCUUCCUGGCAUGCUGCCUUUCCCAGCACAGCCUCCAGUUGUUGAAGGACCGCCUCCUCCUGGACUUCCCCCACCUCCACCAAUUCUUACACCCCCACCUGUGAAUCUGAGACCCCCAGUGCCACCACCAGGCCCAUUACCACCCAGCCUUCCACCUGUCACAGAUGAUAUUUCUUAUUCUUUGGUUUUGACAGGACCACCACCUCCACUUCCUCCUUUGCAGCCAUCUGGCAUGGAUGCUCCCCCAAACUCUGCAACCAGUUCUGUUCCUACCGUAGUAACGACUGGCAUCCAUCACCAGCCUCCUCCUGCUCCACCCUCUCUUUUUACUGCAGUUUUUGUAUUACCAGAUACAUAUGACACAGACGGCUACAAUCCUGAAGCCCCCAGCAUAACAAACACUUCCAGACCUAUGUAUAGACACAGAGUGCACGCACAGAGGCCUAACUUGAUAGGACUGACAUCAGGGGAUAUGGAUUUGCCACCCAGAGAAAAGCCUCCUAAUAAAAGCAGUAUGAGGAUAGUAGUGGAUUCUGAAUCAAGGAAAAGAACCAUUGGUUCCGGGGAGCCUGGAGCUCCUACAAAGAAGACCUGGUUUGAUAAGCCAAAUUUUAAUAGAACAAACAGCCCAGGCUUCCAGAAAAAGGUUCAGUUUGGAAAUGAAAAUACCAAACUUGAACUUAGAAAAGUUCCUCCAGAAUUAAAUAAUAUCAGCAAACUUAAUGAACAUUUUAGUCGAUUUGGAACCUUGGUUAACUUACAGGUUGCUUAUAAUGGGGAUCCUGAAGGUGCCCUUAUCCAAUUUGCAACAUAUGAAGAAGCAAAGAAAGCAAUAUCAAGUACAGAAGCAGUACUGAACAAUCGCUUUAUUAAGGUUUAUUGGCACAGAGAAGGAAGUACCCAGCAGUUACAAACUACUUCUCCAAAGGUAAUGCAGCCCUUAGUCCAGCAGCCCAUUUUGCCUGUUGUGAAGCAGUCAGUCAAAGAGCGGUUGGGUCCAGUACCUUCAAGUACUAUUGAACCGGCAGAAGCCCAAAGUGCCAGUUCAGACCUUCCUCAGAAUGUAACUAAAUUAUCUGUGAAGGACAGGUUGGGUUUUGUAUCAAAGCCAUCUGUUUCAGCAACUGAAAAGGUGUUGUCUACAUCUACUGGCCUAACUAAAACAGUAUAUAAUCCAGCUGCUUUGAAGGCUGCACAGAAAACCUUACUUGUUUCCACCUCUGCAGUUGAUAAUAAUGAAGCACAGAAAAAAAAACAGGAGGCACUGAAACUUCAGCAGGAUGUAAGGAAAAGGAAACAAGAAAUUUUAGAAAAGCACAUUGAAACACAGAAGAUGUUAAUUUCAAAACUAGAGAAAAACAAAGCAAUGAAGUCUGAAGAUAAAGCAGAAAUAAUGAAAACCUUAGAAGUUUUGACAAAAAAUAUUACCAAGUUGAAAGAUGAGGUCAAAGCUGCUUCUCCUGGACGUUGUCUUCCAAAGAGUAUAAAAACCAAGACUCAGAUGCAGAAAGAAUUGCUUGAUACGGAACUGGAUUUGUAUAAGAAGAUGCAAGCUGGAGAAGAAGUCACUGAACUUAGGAGAAAGUAUACAGAAUUACAGCUGGAAGCUGCAAAACGAGGGAUUCUUUCAUCUGGUCGGGGUAGAGGAAUUCACUCAAGAGGUCGAGGUGCAGCUCACGGCCGAGGCAGGGGUCGAGGUCGAGGUCGAGGUGUGCCUGGUCAUGCUGUGGUGGAUCAUCGUCCCAGGGCAUUGGAAAUUUCUGCAUUUACAGAGAGUGAUAGAGAAGAUCUUCUUCCUCAUUUUGCGCAAUAUGGUGAAAUUGAAGAUUGUCAGAUUGAUGACUCUUCACUUCAUGCAGUAAUUACAUUCAAGACAAGAGCAGAAGCUGAAGCAGCUGCAGUUCAUGGAGCUCGUUUCAAAGGGCAGGAUCUAAAACUGGCAUGGAAUAAACCAAUAACUAAUAUUUCAGCUGUUGAAACAGAAGAAGUUGAACCUGAUGAAGAGGAACAGAGAGAGAUCAUCAUUGCCUGAAUUUAGCUUUGUGACUACAACAGCAAGACCUGUUCCUGUCUGGAGACGACUGUUAAAAUAUCAUCCUAUCAUUUUAUGUUUGCUCUUUAUCAAUUUGAAUAGAUGUUUAUAUGUACUAUAAUUGGCAUUUUGUCUCUUCACAGUUCUCUAAUUGGUACAUCCGAGUCCAGAAGUAUGUCUGAGUAUGUGCUUUGUCUGACCUUAUUCUUAAACGUCUUCUCCCCUUACUUUAUAUCCAUUUAUUUUUUAAACACUAAGAAGGAAAAAGACCUUUUGGUUUCCUAAUAUGAGAUAAGUUCAGUCUCAGCCACGUUGAAAAUUGUGUCUAAGAAAGCUAUAAAGCCAUGAUAUUGUGUUCAUUAGCAUGAACAAUUUAGAAUGAAGAAAAUGAUUAAAAAGUUAAGCAUGGGUUUGGUUUUAAUUUUUCUGGGUUUUAGGAUACAUUUCUGGGGUUAAGGUAGUCACUUAAAUGAUUUUGAACAGAUGCUAAAAUACUUUUUUAUACACUAUAAUAACUUGCCUAUUUCUUCUAAAUACACUUACUGAGGUUGUUGCCAAGGCCACUUACCCAAAUAAUAUUUUUAAAAAAUUUCUUAGCUCUUCAAAACCAACAAGGAGAAUAAUUUUCUUUCUUUUCAAGUAAUACAGGAUGAUCUGUGGAUUAUAAAUAUUGAGAAAUUUCUAUUAAAUGUCUGGUUUACACAGUUUGUCCAUAUUUUCCUCACUUGCAAUCAAGACAUCAAAGACAAUCUUAAAAGCAAGGGGAAAUUGUGUUGUGUGUCUAACAUUGUUAAAGAUUAUAGUUUUCCUGUCUUAAAAGGUGUAUGUCCAUAUUUAUUUAUAAGCAGUGUGGCUUAAAAUUAUUUAUAAAGAGUAUGAUUAAAUCUUAUCCUAAGUAUUCACCCAAAAUACCAUUUUUUUGUAAUGGGCACCAUAUAAAGAAGUUUUCAGAAAAUUAAUUUCUGAGUAUUUCUUCAUAGAUUCUCAUGAGGCAUUUGAGAAGUUUGGAAGUUGUUCUUAGUAGCAGCUCUUUAUUAGAAAAGUGGAAAUUACACUUGAUUCUAUUUGCCCUUGUUUUUUUUUAGUUUCAUUCAGCCGUGCUCAUAUUUUCAUAUUUUUUGUGCCAAGUUGACUAUUCUGCAAACACUUCUUUUUGAGUACUCAAUGCAUUUGUCUUCGUGAAAAAUAAAAAGAAUGAACACAUCAAUCAUAAUGUAAAUUAUCUAUUUUGAUCCACAUUAGUUGACAACAGCUUCCUGAAUAUUAGGCUUGAUUUAAGGGAAAAGUACAUGUUUCAGAAAGUCUUCUAAUAUAAUUAUGACUUGGUAGCCUGCAGGGCAUUUUUAAAAUUAGACUUUUGUUUUAGUUCACAUUUGCAAACUAGCAUAUAGCCACAAGGAGUUCAGAGAUAUUUUCCCAGAUUAGUUCAGUAUUUUUUCUUUUUAAGGAAAGAAAAUUCUCUUCCCCUGUGAUAGUGAUUUACUUGCUAGGUUAGAAGCCCAAAGAACAUAGUCUGAAGAGACCAUACUUGUUAACAGUUUCAGUUGGUUUUUAGAUGUGGACCACAUACCAGCCCCCUCAACUUUACUUUGUCAUCUUUCUUUUUUCUUUCCCUUGCUUUUAAAUUAAAAACAAAAUAAAGCAAAACAAAAUUGAAUAUGCCAUUGGGAAUCAGAAAGGGAGAUGAUUUGAUUUUCAUUAAGAUCAUUGUGCUUUUUGAAACUUUCUGUGAGAGCCAAUAGGUCAUUACAUAUUUAAAUUCUUAUAUGUUGAUUAAUUAAAGAUGAGGAUUUUCAUUAUUUCAUUUUCCUAAAUAGGAUUCUCAUGGAGCUAUGUGUAGAUAACUGUACAGAAUCACUUUUGUGUAAUUGAUUGAAGCAGUUUACCUCUGCAUGAUUGCAUUAUGGAAGCCUUUUAUAUAUCUUUAUAUUUUUCAAUAUUCUUAGAUUUUACACUAUUAGCGGCUCUAGUCAUGCUAUAUUUGUUUUUUUUAAAUAGAGUUUAUAAAUAUUUAUGCUCAAAAUACAGAUCAACUGAAUAUUUUUUGAUCUUGUUUACAAGAUAAAUAAUACUUUAAAGUGAUGCAGCCCCUCAAGUGUCUUAGGAAAAAGUUAUUGGUGCUACAAAACCUUUCAAUAUCAUUUUUGAACCUGUUAUCUAGACUUCGCUAGGCUUUAAUGUAUGAUCACUUGUGACUUACUCUAAUCUAGCAGCAUAAUUAUAAAAGUGGUCUGUGGUGAGUCAGGAAAAGAGCCCAGUCCAUUAGAAACACCCCAUAAUUUAAAGAUACGAUACAGAAUGACAGUAUGCUUAUUUGUGCCCAGCUUCCAAAAAAGAAAAUAGUCUCUUCAGUUUGUCAUUAGCUCUUUUGAUAAGAGGAAUUUAAUCUGGCUAGAAUAAAAACAACAAUACAUUCAGCAUGGCUCAGUUUUCCCAUAUUUCACAUGGAAAAUUUUUCUAAUCCUAAAUAUGGUGUAAUCCUGCUCUGCUUCAAAUUCCCAUCUAUCUUUGCUCAACAGGAGGCAGGGUAAUUCUUAAAUAUUUAUAGAACAUUUGAUGAGUUGAAAAGAGAUGUAUUAUUUACAUUGUACAAGUUUUGCAUUGGUUGUGUAGAUUGUUUUCUACAUCUAUAAGACUCAUUCCAGCACCUUAGUGAAUGUUCUAAAGAUACAAUUUUUAAGUAUCAGCAAAGCAUUCAUAGAUACUUACUUUUGAUUCUCAGAAUCCUGAACCUGUUUUGGGUGUGUUAUUACUUCAGAACAUGUUAUCUGGCACAAGAUUUCCUUUAAUAAGUGGUUUAGUUGUACUCAAGUUCUGUGGAUUGUUGAACCUAAAAACACCAAAGGAGUCUUUUCUUGUCUGGAGACUGGGUUGUUCCAGUUUUUAAUACCUGUGCCCAUAAGUAUCCCAUUUCACGAAUGUGUGUUGGCAUGGGGAAAAAAUUCCCUGCUCUUUGAGUGGAGCGAAAGUAAUUGGUUAAGCUGUAGCAGCUUUUUUUUUGUUUAUUUUUCAAAAUGAUAAUAAAACUUGAACUGAAAAAGGUAAAACUUGAACUAGAAAACUACUCUUGUAUGCUUAGAAUGUUUAUAGUGUUACAUGUUUAUGUGGGGUUGUCAACAUUUUUAUUAUUUAUAGUUGAAUUAUGUUGUUUUGUUUGUUAAAUAUCCAUAAUGUUUAUUAUUUUUAUAUUUUGAAAAAUUUUAAAUAAAAUAGUCUUACUAAAAA